GCGCAUGCACAGUUAGAUCUUUUGUCCUUGCAGACCGUACUUAGCGUAGUGCAAAGCAGAUUGACGUUUGUUAGUUAAUGGCACUUUCUACCAGUCUCACCAGUCUACCAGACGCUCCUUCUUCAGUACAUCCAUUACUGGCGCGACAUACAUUCGCAUUAAACGUAUUCUACGUACAUAUAAAAUCAAAAAUUCUCGUCACAAGUUUGAUUUCCAACUUUUGUGUACCAGUUUUCUUUUUCGUUUUGUGACAUUGAUUUUGAUUUCACCAAACAACGCAAAAAGUUUAUUGUUGUUUAAUUUAGUAGAAGUUAUUGAACUGACUUAAGGUCUAAUUGAAAUUGAAGAAGGUGUGCGUGUAAUGUAAAGUGGAAGAUCAUGUGUUACUCGCGUGUGAUUCGGCGACCUGAACGCGUGUGACUUCCAAACCGGCUGUACCGUUACAUUUUUAUUAACAUCAAGAUUUCUCAGCGCCGAAUUCUUAAACGAAACAGAAAUGUGUGUUAGUUAUCUUUAAAACAUUGUUUAAUAAUCAUCCAGUGCCAAAAAACAUCAAAAACAACAAAACAACAAAAUGAGUGACAAAAAAGAUACAGAAAAGUCUAAGAAAAGUGAAAAGAACAAGAAAAAACUCUCAAAACGUGAAAUAAAAGACACACAACAAGACAGUGAACAAAAUUCCUACGAUAGCACACAAAGUGACCAAGAAAACUCAUCAAAUGUAGCCAGAAAACCCCGCCAUUUUAGAACAAAUCCCGCAAAACAUCAAACAUUCAUGGAAUACAUAAAUUCCUGUGAUAAACUAAACGUCAUCUCUGUUUUGGUUACAAUAAUUGCUGUUAUUACAAUGGCGUACAUCGGAAUCGAUGAAUGCAAGCGUUGUUUCUACGAAAUGGCUGACUGUCAAGUAGAUAGAAUCAACCAAACCCUAACCAAUCAUCAACUAAUACCUAAUAACCUCAAAAACAGAAAAUACUGGACAUAUUUCCGAAAAGAAGCAACAUCUACAGACGCACGAUUGAAACACGUUUAUAGAGUUUUAGACGCUUUUGGAUAUCAUCAAGAAACGCCUGUAUCCGGAAAAGAUAUUUCAGACAUCUCUUCAGAUUGGGAUCUUCUUUGGGCGUUUGAUUAUCCAUUUGUGAAUCAAUACGCGCGUUUAAAGAACUUAAAACCUCAUCAGAAAGUGAAUCACCUUCCUGGCUGCGGAUAUAUUACAACUAAAGUGGAAUUAAGCACAACUCCAUUGAAGUAUAUACUUCCGGCUUUCAAACUUCCGAGUGACAAAGAAAAGUUUUUGAAUUUCACGGAGAAACACCCGAAAAAGAAAUACGUGAUAAAAGAUAAUGAACAUCGCCAUAUUAAAGUGAAAUCUUUAGAAGAAAUCAAAACCGAGGGACAUCUGAAUACAAACGGAUCAUUUGUUCAGGAGUUUUUGGAUAAACCUCUGUUAGUUAGUGGACAUAUGUUUGACAUUGGGAUUUACACCAUUAUUACAUCAGUGGAUCCUCUUAGGAUUUACAUUUAUAACGGGGAUGUGUUGCUUAGAUUUUGUCCACAAAAAUUAAAACCCUUUGAUCCUAAUAAUCUUGAUAAAUAUGUUGUUGGAGAUGAUUACCUUCCGAUUUGGGAAGUGGAGAAAAUUCAAUACUGGUACAAAAAGUUAGGUUAUGGCAUGCGGGAUAGUCUCAAUGCUUAUCUGGCUGAUGAUGGCCGUGAUGGUACUACUAUCUGGAGACAGAUUGAAGAAGCAAUUGGUAUUGCUAUACACUCGAAACAGUCCAAAAUUGUAGAAAUUAUAAAAAGGUUUAAAUCUAAGAGAAACUUUUUUGAACUAAUGAGAUUUGAUUUCCUUGUUGAUGAAAAGCUGAAUGUUUUUCUCUUGGAGGCUAAUAUGAGUCCUAACCUAUCAUCAGCGCACUUUAAACCUAACCAAUUGCUCUACGAGCAGGUUUUGUUUAAUUUGUUUGGAUUGAUUGGGUUAGGUGAUAGAGUAACUAAAAGUGUGGCUUUGAGAUCUCUUGAGGAUAUUGCCAUGGAGACCAGUGAGAAGAAUAUUAUGGUUUUGCCUAAUCUUUGCUCAAGUGCACUCUGUAGGAAUAAUUGUGAUGAUUUGGACUGUCGAUUAUGUAAGGCUUGUUUGGCUGAAAACAAGGAACUGGAACAGGAUUUAAGAGAAGCUCAUAAGGAACAUAUAAAUAGAGGAGAUUGCAAAAGGAUAUUUCCACCAACAAUGGAGCCAUUUAAAAAGUUGCCGAAAAGUCUCCAGGAAUUGCAGAUUAGUGACCAGUUGAUGUACAUGUGGUUCCAGGAAAAGUGUAACUUGGAUCGUACUUGGUGUUGGUAACAACCACAACUAUUUUUAUGUAUAUUAAUAAAAUCAUACUUUAUUGUACAUUAUUUGUAAUUUUAAUAGACGAUAUGACUUUUUUUAAAAAUUUCUCUCUUAAUGCUCGGGAAAUUAUAUUGUUUAGAAUGAAUAAAAUAUUUUUGCAGAAAA